UUUCCUCUGAAGUCUGAACGACGGUCGUUUUCUGUGAGGUGCAGCGGCACAAUGGUGAAGGACGGCAACAGCUUUGUCGUUGACCACGGCGGGUUACGGAGGAGGGGAUGUACGUUUCGCAAAAACGACUUCCUACCUGAGGAGUCGUUUCGGAGCUGGGGCAACUAUGGGAGGGCGCUUUUGGAUACUCCGUUUAGGUUCAAGAAUCGGGUUAUGACCCGUUCCAUGGACCAAACGGAGCUCGUUGAGGUCAAGUCUCAGAGCCAGGGCGAGAUGAAGAAGACUCUCACUUGGUGGGAUCUUAUGUGGUUCGGCGUCGGAGCUGUCAUCGGCGCCGGAAUAUUCGUGCUGACGGGCCUUGAGGCCAAGGAGGAGGCCGGCCCGGCGGUGGUGCUCUCUUAUGUUGUCUCCGGCGUCUCGGCGCUGCUUUCCGUCUUCUGUUACACCGAAUUCGCCGUAGAAAUUCCGGUCGCAGGUGGAUCGUUUGCGUACUUAAGGGUAGAGCUAGGCGACUUUGUGGCAUUCAUAGCCGCCGGGAACAUCCUUCUGGAGUAUGUGAUCGGCGGCGCUGCCGUGGCCCGAUCAUGGACCUCCUACUUUGCCACCCUAUGCAACAGAGGCUCCGACGACUUUCGGAUUGUUGUUCACAGCAUGGGCUCGGACUAUGGCCACCUCGAUCCCAUCGCCGUCGUUGUUCUGGCCGUCAUCUGCAUCCUCGCCGUCUUCAGCACCAAAGCCUCCUCUCGCUUCAACUAUAUCGCCUCCGUUUUCCACAUGGCCGUUAUCAUCUUUAUCAUCGUCGCCGGACUCGUGAAAGCUGACACUAAGAACUACCACCCCUUCGUCCCCUACGGCCCACGUGGUAUCUUCGUGGCCUCCGCCGUCCUCUUCUUCGCCUACGUUGGCUUCGACGCGGUCUCCACGAUGGCGGAAGAGACCAAGAACCCCGCCAGAGAUAUCCCCAUCGGACUCGUCGGCUCCAUGGUGAUAACCACCGGAGCUUACUGUUUGCUAGCCAUUACCCUCUGUCUCAUGCAACCGUUCAAAGAAAUUGAUGCUGAUGCACCGUUCUCCGUUGCCUUCAGCGCGGUGGGGAUGGACUGGGCGAAGUACAUAGUCGCCGCCGGGGCGUUGAAGGGCAUGACGACGGUGCUGCUGGUGGGCACCGUGGGCCAAGCUCGGUACUUGACGCAUAUAGCUCGAACCCACAUGAUGCCGCCAUGGUUCGCUCACGUAGACGCUAAGCUGGGAACGCCGGUGAAUGCGACGAUCUCGAUGAUAGUAGCGACGGCGGUGAUUGCUUUCUUCACGAAGCUGGAGAUUCUGUCGAAUCUAUUGUCAAUUUCUACACUGUUCAUCUUCAUGCUCGUCGCUAUAGGCCUUCUUGUUCGACGAUAUUACUCAACUGGAGUGACGACGAAAGCAAACCAGAUAAAGCUCAUAGUGUGCCUAGUGCUAAUUCUGGGAUCCUCCGGCGCCAUUUCCGGCUACUGGGCGAGUAGCGACGGCUGGAUCGGGUACGCGGUGGCGGUGCCGAUCUGGCUGGUGGGCACGAUGGGGCUGUGCAUGUUUGUUCCACAGGCAAAGCAGCCGAAGCACUGGGGGGUGCCUCUGGUGCCAUGGCUUCCAUCUUUAUCAAUUGCCAUCAACGUCUUCCUGCUAGGCUCCAUUGACAAAAAAUCGUUCAUAAGGUUUGGGAUAUGGACGGCAUUUCUUUUGGUUUACUACGUCCUGUUUGGCUUGCAUGCUUCUUAUGACACUGCCAAAGAGCUUGAGAAGAAUAAGAUUGCUUCUUCAGAUAUGGUCAUGGAAGAAGGAGCACAACCAGGGCCAAAGAUGUAGAUAUAUAUCUAUAUAUAUAUAUAUAUAUGGAUAUUGUAGGUUAUGGAUUUCUCUGAACAAUGUCUUAUAGUAGGUCAUGGAUUCUCUUCGAUGUUAUUUGGUUCGCGGGCAAAAAAAAAAAAAAAUCCCUUCUCUCUUUCUCUCUCUAGGGAGGGAUUAGUGUUUAUACUUUUUAAGCUUUUCCAAAUGAUUGAUGAUUAGAUAGUAGUCUGUCUAUUUUGUUUCUUGUGAUGUUGUUGUUUUAAAUGAAUUUGUUGUGCAGUUUUUGGGGCUGUUGGUCUAGAUUUUGUGUGAAAAUUCUUAGGCCAAAUAUUUCUUGUUCUAAACUACUUCUCGUUUUUUUUUUCAUUGGCCAAUGUUUCCUAUUGUAAA